AUCAAAGGUGGAAUUGGGCCAUGUUUUACACCUACUACCUUUUACUCUUUUCUCUCUUUGUAUUGAUUUUUCCUUCCUCUUUACUUCUAUGCUGAUAUUAUUGUCCCCCACUUCCUUUUUCAUCCAGAAGUCUUGUUGCCCAAGUGAGUAAAAAAGGGUUACCUUGGACACUUCUCACCUUCUUCUCUGGGUUAUGUUAAUUUGAAAGAAGCUACUUGACAUCAAGAAUGGGUUCAGGUGAUUGGUUUAAGACGAUAAUUAGCUUAAGAAAAUCAAAAGAAGGCAGAUCGAAGAAAGUAAAGACUAAGAAUUAUAGAGGAAAAAGGUCAAAUGGUUUAGCAAAUGGCAGUAAAAGUGAAAAUCAAGUGUCUGAUGGGGUAUCAGUUGAAACUAUUGCUGCAACAAGGAUCCAAACAGCAUUCCGGGCUUAUAAGGCUAGAAAAUAUUUACGUCGCUUGAAAGGAUUCACAAAACUGAAGAUCCAGACUCAAGGUUGCUCUGUUCAAAAACAAGCCAUUACAACUAUAACUUAUCUUCAUUCAUGGAGCAAGAUACAAGCUGAGAUUAGAGCUCGCCGCAUAUGUAUGGUGACAGAAGACAGGAUCAGGAGGAAGAAACUACAUUCUCAACUAAAACUUGAGGCCAAGAUUCAUGACCUGGAGGUGGAAUGGUGUGGUGGUUCUGAAACCAUGGAGGAAAUCCUUGCAAGGUUACAUCUGAGAGAAGAAGCAGCAGUCAAGAGGGAAAGAACCAUGGCAUAUGCCUUCUCUCAUCAGUGGAGGGCCAACUCUAGCCAAGGUCUAGGAAAUUAUGAACUUGGCAAAGCUAGUUGGAGUUGGAGCUGGAAGGACCGUUGGAUUGCUGCACGCCCUUGGGAAAGCCGUGUCACCAGUGUAACCACUAGCCCUAGGAUAGAUGAAAACAGGAAGCCAAGUAAAGUUGAGAAGGAUAAGAAGUCAUCAAAAAAACAAGCAGUUUCAAUCAAACCUCCUUCUGCUAAAGCUAAAGGGACUAAACCCUUAGGUAAUGCAAAAGGGACUACUAAAGCUAGAAGAAGGUUGUCUUACCCAACCACAGAGAAAACAGAAGUGCAUGAAGGAAAGCUUUGAGUGCUCAGGCUGAUGCAAAGCACAAAAGCAUGCAUAAUUUAUCAAGCCUACAUCGUAUAACAUCAGCAGAGUCAAAUUGUUUUUCAAGUGGUUACAGUGUGUCUAAAGAUAAAUGGAAUUUUUUUUUUCAUCUUAUUAUUCAUUGGAUUCUUUCCAAUUUGUGCAUAUGAACGUGAGUGAAAUUCAAUGACCUUAGUAAUAGAAAAUGGACCAACAAACCUUUAUAUGUGUGAUUUGUUGAUUGAUUUUUGUUAUCUUCAAUCUUGUAUAUUUAGUGCAGUGAGGAGACGAAUUAUAGUUAGAUCAAUUGUUCUUUUUCGCAAUUCGUUUGUUGUAAUAGAAAGGUUUUUGAAGCUGUGAUCUUCUUGUUCAUCA